UCUAUUUUCAUUUCUUUUCUUUUUUUUCUGUCUUUUUAUAUAAUUGAGUAUUCCCUUAAACCAUUUGCUUGCAACUACUUCCUCCUUGCUCGAUUGGGAGACUACUCUGUUUCUAUUUCUAUUCUCUGUUUUCUCUUCCUCUGUUUUUCUUCUUCGCUUUUCACACAAAUCAAAGGUAAACAAAAAAUGUCAGGAUGUGACAAGGAAGACUAUUUCACCGCCCAAGAUGCUGAGACAACAUCUGGGGGGAAGUAUGGUACACUUGUCCCAAAGAAGAAGCCUUUGAUAUCGAAAGAUAAUGAAAGAGCCUUCUUUGAUUCAGCAGACUGGGCAUUGUGCAAGCAAGGUGCUGGAGUGAAUCAGCAAUCUACAGCAGCAGUGGAGACACUGCGACCAAAACUACAAAGAACUCCACACCAGCAACUCCCUCCAAGACGACCUGCAUGCACAUCUGGUUGAGAUAAUUUCGUGAAUAACUCUAAUAUGUAAUGCUCCAACUGCAGUAAUUUUUUGCAGCAUUUGCAUCAUGAAUGUGUAAUAAAUAAUUUAAAGUCCAUUGAAAUGCAGGGAGAAUAGAUUUAAUAAGUGGAACAAGGAUUGCUCAGUCAAUUUCAGUGUUGCAAAAACUAAUGAUGUUCCUGAUCUCUAUGUAUAUUACAAUUUACUUCAUGUUUUCUAUUAACUAGCAGUUCAAUAAUAGUUUCAUUUCGAUUC